CCGCCCCCGCCGCCCGCGCGGCCACGCCUCCUAGACGGCUGGCUCUGCCGCCACCCACGGCCCCAGCAGCACGCGUCUCCAGUCGCGCCUCGGGCAGCCGCAGCUGACGCCGCCUCGUAGACCUUCCGGAAUCAUGACGAGACGCCGCGCCCACGUGUACCGCUGUCGGUGGACGCUCCUGGCUUUCUUCCUACUUCAAACUAAAGGCAGCUACGGGCGCGGGGUGUUCUCGCCGCGCGUCGACUACGACGAGUGGACGCCGCUGGGCCGCGGGGACCCCCUGAAGAACGACCCGACGUACGACUACGUGCCGCCCGUGCUGGACAGGGUGCACUACUGGCUGGAGCCCGCCUCCAGGACGCCGGACCCGCCGCUCGCCACCACGCCGCAGCCAGAGGUGCCGGUGUUGCGACCUCGCCAGCCCACGCCGCUGCCGCCGCCCGUCGCCACCACUGCCGAUGCGGCUCCACCGACCGCCCCGCAGUCGUCACAGGCUCAGCUGGAAUCCCGGCGCGACGUCUUCGAUCAGUUCCUCAAGAUCGUAGACGCGUCCAAGUUCGGCUCGAACCACCACUACUCUUCGCUGCCGGCCUCGUACUACCCGUCGCCCUUCUACCACAAGCCGUCGGCGCCGCCGAUGCGGCCGCCGUACACCAUGCUGAUGCCGCCGCCCCCGCCGCCCCCGACGGCCUCGGCGCUGGCGCGGCCGACGCAGGGCCAGACGUCGGUGUCGCUGCAGCACGCCAACCUCGUGUACCACGCGUCGACGACGCAGCCGCUGCAGCAGGCGCUCGACUGGAAGGAGGGCAAGACGCAGCUGGCGACGGUCGCCGCGGCGCCGCCCACCGCCGCCGCCCCCACGCGGCCCCCCGCCGCCCACGACGCCGUGGACCUCUCCUCGCUGCUGCAGAGCCUGCUGCGCGACGAGGCGACGCCGGUCACCGCCGUCGCUCCCCAGUCCGACGCCUUCACCGUAACGACGCCACCUGCCACUCCCACCACGACCGUCACCACGUGUGCCACCCCCGUGGCUACGACCGUGGCCUCCUUGACCACUGACCCUCUGUUUUCCCAUUACAAGCAACCGGCGGAACCACUCCGGGGGCCCAUGUACCUCAUAAUCCAGGGCCACUCCAAAGUGAAGACGUACGGCGCCGCCAAUAAGCACCAGCACAGCUACCACGGAAUUCCAAUCCAGAACUCCAACGACAUCCAGCAGGAGCAGGACAUGGAGACUGACAGAUCUGGCCGUGCAGUCGAUGACGAGGUCUACAGUGUGGCAUCUUCUUACGAGUCAAACACCAUCGGAACGGGGCAGGAUGAUACACUCAGAAGAACGCCGCGGUCGUCCACAGAAUACGUCAACGACGUCUUCGAUGACACUGGGCCAUCUAAGCCAGCGAGAGCUCGGCGCAAGAAGCGAGCUGCUGAUGAUAUCAGCGACGAACUUAAGCCUCCAUCCGCAACCACUUCGGACCAAGACGAUGUGCCUCGAGUCGCAACACAGCCCAAAGUUCUGCAGCGAAGUGGUAAAGCAAAUCCCAAGAAAGUCACCAGCAUAACAUCUAGAGCUGAUAUCUACCGGAAGCGGAGACUGAAAGGCAUGAAGACAUUUAGGCGGGUGCACAGCGCAGUAGAGGCUACCACUCGCGAAAUCGAAGCAAUCUUGAAACAAAAUCGUCAAAUGUCGAAGCAGCUCCAAAAUUUACCAGGUUACCAAUGGCGUUCAUCUGGAUUAAAAGCAGCCGCUGCUCCUGAAAAUGUGAUGGCAGAGGCGACUGUCCAAGAAAUUGAGGCCAUAUUGCGAGAAAAUCGUGAGAUGUCACGGCAGUUUGGUACAUUACCUGGAUAUGCAACACAGUCAGGAACUACAUCACUCAUAGAAAUUCCGUUACGUCGUUCUGGGACCAUAUCAUCGAAAGAGAAACCCCAGACAGAAACAAUCCGUUCGCAUAGAAAUAAACGUCAGCUUCUAGAAGUUCCUGAAGAACACCCUGGUGUCACUACCGAUGAUGCGUCUGCUGCGACAGAGAAUGCUACCACUUACGACGAUUCCGACGGACACGAUGAACAGCUCCUGCGGUAUAACAGUGCCAAACCAGAAAGUGAAGUUACAACUGAAAUUGAACCAGCGCCCAUUGGUCCUGACAGUCAGCUGACUAUGCAACAGGAACAGUGGACGACGCCAGAGACUGUUAUUUCUCCAACGAGAACUGUAAUCAACGACGACAAAGAAGUUGAGUCUUCCAAGGGGAGGCAGGUAUUAGAGGAACUAGGGGAGCUAAUUCCACUAGAUGAAGACACAGCGGAGGAGCUGCUGCAGGGUCUGUUAGUCCAGCAAGGCCAAGGGUCUGGAGCUGGUGCUGUCAUUGCUUCUUCACUAGCGAAAAUUCUCGAUGUGGAAAGCCGUACUUGAAGAUAUGUUUCUUCAUUAAAAAUAUAUCAGGCCAACACGCUUUCCUAACGCCUCUCAAUGCUGGAUACAUACGUAUCGUCUCGGGACAAUACACGCCUGGUAUCAAAAUACAUUCAUUGAGACUGUGACCUAUUUGUUUCGCUUAUAUCUUAAUGCCUACGGUGUUUUUACCAGAGAGUUACUCCCCUUUUUAAGACGAAACAAAUGUGAGACUGAAUUCGUCAACACUCAAGAAGUGUUUCUGAUGCAUUUUUCCUUAUUUUUUAUACUAAAUAAUAAACUAAGCGAGAAAUACGAAACUA